CCCUCUCUGGUGUUCUGAAGGAAGCCGCUCGCGCCCCCGUUGGGCGUGUGCGCGGCGCGCGUUCACGACACACACCAGGAAAAAUGGCGGCGCUCAUGACUCUCAGUCAGUUAUCAAAUGGAAGUGCAGCAUAUGAAAAUUACUACAGACAGCUUGAUCCAGGAAACACAGGGAGAAUAUCUGCCGGCGAUGCAGCUCAGUUUCUUAAAAAGUCUGGAUUAUCAGACAGUACACUUGGAAAAAUAUGGGAUUUGGCAGAUUCUGAUAGAAAAGGAUAUUUGGAUAAGAGGGGUUUCUUCAUUGCAAUGAGUCUGGUGGCGUCAGCACAGGGUGGAAAUGAAAUCAGCCUUAACAACCUCAACCAAAAUGUAGCUGCACCAAAAUUUAGAGAUACUGACAGCCCAUUAUUAACUAUAUCAUCAGUGUCUGACUGGGCAAUUAGGCCUGAUGAGAAAGGGAAGUUCGAGGCAAUUUUUGAAAGUCUGUCCCCUGUGAAAGGUCUCCUCUCUGGUGAUAAGGUCCGACCUGUUUUGGUAAACUCCAAGCUACCUCUGGAUGUGUUGGGAAAGAUUUGGGACCUUAGUGAUGUAGACAAAGAUGGACAUUUGGACAAAGACGAGUUCACAGUGGCUAUGCAUCUUGUAUAUCGUACCAUGGAGAGUGAGCCUGUCCCAAGCAGCCUACCUUCUUCUCUCAUCCCACCUUCCAAAAGAAAGAAAUCAGCGCCUGCACUUCCAGGCGCUGUCGCUGUGUUACCCACUUUAUCCGGCCUCGGAUCCGGCCCGGCUGCUCUCAAAGAGGCCCUGCGGAGCUCUCCCUCUCUGAGAAGCGCCACUCCUCCUAUGGGGAGCGUUGCUUCUGCUUUGGGUGGCGUUACUCCCCUCAGCCCCAGUGCUGUCAACCUGUCUCCAAAACACUCCUUUAACUCCAGCUCAGCAUCCACUCCAGCGGCUGCAGUGAGCUGGGUGGUACCGGUGGCCGACAGAGAGAAAUAUAGGGAGCUUUUCAAGAAAACGGACACUGGUGGGGACGGCUUCAUCACAGGCACUGAGAUCAUCGAGAUCUUCAUGCAGUCCAACCUCUCUCAGUCAAUGCUGGCGCAGAUAUGGGGACUCGCUGACACAAAACACACUGGCAAGCUGACCCCAGAGCAGUUUGCACUGGCCAUGCAUUUCAUCCAACAGAAGGUGACUAAAGGCAUAGACCCUCCCUCAGCUCUCACUUCAGACAUGAUCCCCCCGUCAGAGAGGACUGCAGGAUCAGCUAUGGGCCUUAGCUUUAUGGGGAUUCUUCCUUCUGUGAGACCAGACCUCGUUUCCACGCCUAGUAUGCGCAGAGACAGCACCGGCUCCAUUGGGUCAGUUGAGCUCACAGGCAACAAAGAGCUAGAUGACCUCAGCCAGGAAAUAGCUCAGCUGCAGAGGGAGAAGUUUUUCCUGGAGCAAGAGAUUAGGGAAAAGGAGGAAACCAUAAGACAGAAAAACAGUGAUGUUCAGGACAUGCAGAUGGACUUGGACAGGGAGAGCAGCAGCCUCCAUAGUCUGGAGUCCCAGAAGCAGGAUGCCCAGGGACGUCUGGACGAGAUGGACCAGCAGCGCUCCAAGCUGGAGGGAAUGCUCAAUGAACUGAAGCAGAAGUGUCAGGAGGAGACUCAACAGAUUUCUUCUUUGCAAAGCCAGAUUCGCUCCCAGGAGACCAACGUCCGCAGCCAGGAAGAUGAACUGAGUCGCACCAGGGCAGACCUGAGUCGGCUGCAGGAGGAGGAGGCCCAGCUGGAGCAGAGGUUGGUCACCGGUCGUGUUCAGCUGGACAGCAUCGUGAAGUCUCUGAAAACCACGCAAGAUGAGAUCAACCAGGCUCGCAGUAAGCUAUCGCUGAUCCAGGACACCCAAAAGGAACUGACCCAAACUAUUGAGCAGUACAACAGCGCUUUGAGCGAGAUCAACAGAGGGAACUUCAGCAACCUGCCUGAUCUGAAUGAGGGUUUCACUGAAAGGGAGAACGGAGGUUUCAGGAAUGCGGAUGAUACUUUUAAGUCGAGGAUAGCCAUGUUCAACAGCAGCAGUAAAAAGGAGCUUCCAGCAGACCCCUUCCAAGCAGAAGACCCGUUCAAGUCUGACCUUCUGAAAGAUCCAUUUGGAGAAGAUCCUUUCAAAGAAAACGAUCCCUUCAAGGGGACUUCAUCGGAGGACUUUUUUAAGAGAACCAACAAGAUGGACCCGUUUGGCUCUGCAGAACCUUUCAGUAGAAAACCCACACCACCAGCCAAGCCAAGCGCCUUUGGGAUCGGUGACCCGUUCGGAUCAAGCAGCCCUAAAGCAAAUAAUUCAGAUUUGUUUGGAAAUGUGGACCCUUUUGGAAGCAGUUCCAUCGGAGGCAAGAGCGGUGGAUUUGCUGACUUCAGUCACAUGUCAAAGAAGCCAGACCCACCUGUGCUACCAUCUAAGAAAAAUGUGCCUAACCGGCCUGCUCCUCCCUAUGUAGAUCUGCUCGGCUCAAGUGCAUCAGAGCUGCAGCAGGGUUUCAGUAGAGACUCUUUUAUUGCGACACAGUCAAGAAAAGAAUCCAAAGACUGUCCUGUGGGUUUUACAGAUUUUGGCUCUUUUGGAAGUGAGAACCAGCAGCUGGAGUGGGCCAAGCGGGAGAGCGAGCGUGAGGAGCAGGAGAGGCUGAGGAGGCUGCGGUUGCAGGAGCAGCAAGAUCUGGAGCUGGCCAUCGCUCUCAGCAAGGCUGACAUUUCCAAAGCCUGACCAGGCUGACCCCCCAGCUCAGCUCUCUGUCCACUUUCAGUCUACCUGACAGUCCCCCAUUCUCCGUUUACAGGCUCAUGACCUCAACUCUGACCUUUGUUACCAAGUUGUGUAAGAGACCAGUGUUUCUCCUGUAAUGACUGGACUCACAUCAAAUGACUAUAAAUUUCAAACCAUUUAAGGCACAGCUUCCGAACGUCGACUGUAAAAAGGGAGAAUUCAGGCUUCAUUUAAGCUCGGCUCCACACCAGAUAAAAUAUCGCAGGCUACUAAACUGCAUCUCUAUCUGCUGACGUUUCAACCUGCUUGUUUGGUAAACCCUUUAAGAGGAGUCGUAAUUACUUUCAACACAUUAUCUAUAAUUAUUUAAAAUGCUGAGCUACAGUACCAAUCAUCUCUUUUAAGUGCAUAAAGCAUUCUGGGUCAAUGAUGACCCAGAUAAAAUUGCCACUCGAGUUACCAUAACAGUACUGUUACAACUUUUACCAGACAGUUGCACAAAUUACCUUCUCUUGAACAUGCUGCCCUCACUGUGACUUGGUUAAUGUGAAUAUCAAAGUAUUAUGCGAGCUUCCCAAGCGCUCAGCAGUCCUAUUGAAGAAAUCCCCAACCGCAAACAGCAAGUGACAUUAAUUUUAUAGGUUCACCGAUCAGAAUUUAGUGGCUAGUUUCCAAUUUUUGUAAACCUUUGACCUGCCAAUAACGAUUUUGAUUCCUUUUUAAGAACUAUAAUGCAUUAAGAUAUUGGAACAGCAUUCAAAAUAUAUUUUUCUAGCGUGUUUCCCAUGAGCAGUUCGUUAUUUAUGCAGGGAGUAGAGUCAACCUCAUGAAAUGUUUGAGAGCGCAGUCACUAUAAAACAUGGUUUUACUUUUAAUUUAAAUUAAAGACAAAAUGAUGACAGAUCUCUUAAUCAGUUUAGCAUCUGCUAAUAUAAGAUGCAAAACUGUCUUUAGCAUCUUGUAUUAGCAAUUACUAGAACAAGUCUCUGUGUGUAAUACCCAGAGAUUGUCGCUCCUUACCUUAAGUUAAACAGUUCCAAAAGAUAGCCAGCAUUUCCAAAUCCAACUUGUCUAAUGACACAGGUUGAAAGCUCAGCCUUCCUGUUAUCUGCUAAAGGUCUCAUUCUCUCUCUUGCAUCCUAGUCGAAGCUCAGACAUGUCUCAGCAGGUCAUACAAAAUAAUUUUUCCCUUUUUUAAAUGACUAUUUGCUUUGCUGUGCUUCCUCUUAUUUUAUAUUGGUUAUUAUUUCUGAUAUUGAAAAUUGAUAACUUUGAGUGUUCUUCACUCAGUAACAGCCCAUAGCAACUAUGUUGUACUCCUUUCAACCAUUGGGUUAUGCGAUGAGAGUUUUGCUUUCUCUCGCUGUCUUGCAGCCUGAAUGAGGCAUAUGACGUAGAAAAUACGAUUUCCUUUUAGAUAGCUUUUUACAACUCUGUUCUUUCUCUGACUUAACAGAAAAAGCUAACUUUGAGUCUGUUUCCAUCUGUUGCAACAUCCAACGUGAUGAAUGUUGUCGGCACAACUUGAUAGCAGUUACUUGUGGUGCAUUCACUGAUCAGAAAAAGAUCAGAUUUUUACGUUUCUGACCAGCCGGUGAUCGUCCAGGGCCGGUCAAGGUGAAAUCGGACCACUACUCCACUUACUGGUGCAUCUCUGUAUAUUGCUGUAUAUUAUUUGUCAAACCCAACAUUUUUUUUUUUACUAAUUUAAACCUUUCAAAUAAUAAAAAUGAUCCAGAGCUGCAUCAGAAAGGACCAACACGGGUCUAAAUGUGUCUGCGCACCAUCCAUUUUUGUAAACUCUUUUUAACUCCCAGUGACCGCCCACCUUGUGCCUGUUUGUCUGUUUACCUUAAACAGCUGAUUACAGGAGGUGGAGCAGCUCUGCCAGCAUUAAAAAGGCACUUGUAGCACAGACUCAACACACUUUACCCCUACUCUCAUCUUCCCACCUCUGUCAUCAUCUUCAUCUUGGUGCACGUUUCCAGUAAUCUCUGCAGAGUUGUCUGAGGCUGCACUCAGGUGGGGGGGAAGCUGAGAGGAAGAUGUAUUUAUCUCAUUGUAGUCUCGCAGACUGGAGCCAUUCACAGCCAUUUUAUCUAACUACUAACCAUAAUGCUUUGCAACAUAAACACUGGAAGACUUUUCUCUGAUAUUAUGACGACAAAGGCAUUCUUAGUAUUUUAAAUAUCACAUCCAUAUGGCUCUUUUCUAUGUUAAUGUAACAGGUCGUGCAAGUCAGAUUAGUCCAAGCAGCCGUCUAAGAAUAUUUUACACUUAAUGUAUGAAAUAAAAGAAUAUGUGGUGUAUGAAGUAAAAUGCAUUUGAAGUCUGUUUUCCAUAACCAUGAGUUGGGUUAAAAACUUUAUAUUUAAAGUCAAACGGAACACGUCAGCCACUCUGUUGGUCUGCGAUUGAGCUUGUCCAGUACCAGAUGGUUAAAGAAACCUUUUUAUCCACUCCAUAUGUUAUGAUUAAAUUAGAGUUAAAUGGACAAAUUUUGGAUUUGGCAAGUCCUCCUUUAUAAUCCAAAGCUGUCUUGAAGGUCUUGAUCAGAUAUAUGUUUAAUGUUUCUGUUACACACGCUUUGAAUUAUUUAAGCCUUCAUGUCCAGUAUUUAUGGCAUUUGGGGUGCAUGAAUUGAAGACGUAUUGACACAUAAUCAAAGCCAGUGAUAAUCUUUGGGGUCUUCCUUCAGUUAUGAACCAAGUGUUCCCAGUCGUUGUGACGAACUUGCACUCCCAUACAACUAAAAGCCUCUAUGAAAUGAAAAAGUGUAAACCCACUCUGUUUAUACCGAUGCUGCCACAUGUACUGCUUCAGCUUCUUGCUUUUCAUUGACGAGCAAAAUCAACCUUUAGAUGUUUUUUUUUUCUAUGAAGUUUUUUUUGUUUAAAUGCUUUCGUUUGUGGAAGACGGUUUUUCCUCAUGCAUUCUUAUGGCUCUCCAACACUAAUCAGGUCUAUCGGGCACUCAAUGAAUGUACUGUAUAUUCCAUACAGGACAUGUACAGCAUGUGACAACGCCUUAAUUAUGUACAUAUCAACACUGUAAGCUGUAAUAUUGCAAAGUAUAUAUGUAAUUAUUGAAAACAAAUCAACUAUCUUGAGUUAUGAUUUUUUCUGACCAUUGUAACUACUUUUAACCUAAUAAACUUGACUUAUAACA